UUUAUGCCUAAGCAGGAAACCCAAGGAAAAAACCCUUGUUUGUUUCCCGAGAAAAUUCUCAUUUUUUUUUCUCUCGCUUAUUUUUUUAAAAUAUUAUAAUUUCCUCUUUGCAAACAUUCCCAUGAUUCGAAACAGCCCUUUUCAUAGGACUGAUGGUUGCUUUCGCUUCGGAGCCCGAAAGUUCACGUUCAAGAACGUGGUGAAGCAAGUAAUGAGAGAUCGGUUGAUGAAUCAAUUCAUGAUUCAAAUGGAGAAGACACUCAGAAACAUAGUUCGAGAAGAGUUGGAUCGAAGGCUUCAACCGUUUCUCUCUUCAUUGGAAAGAUCGCCAUCAUCGUCGGUCCCGUACGAGCGGUCGCGUCUCGAGACGCGGGGGCCGCGAUAUGAGCUGCGUUUCAUCAACUCGCUGCCUCCGUCGAUCUUCACCGGAGGCAGGAUCGAAGCCGAGGACGGCUCUCCCAUCCAGAUCGAGCUGGUUGACGCCAUCACGAACUCACGCGUCUCGACGGGGCCUCUAUCUUCGGCGCGUGUCGAGGUUGUGGCGUUGGACGGCGAUUUCACCGCGGAAAUCUGGGAUUCCGACGAGUUCAGCCGGAAUAUUCUCCAGCAACGCCAGGGAAAACGGCCGUUGAUCACAGGGGAUCUCACGUUGACACUAAAGGAUGGCGUCGGAAUCGUUGAAGGCGAUGUCGUGUUCACCGAUAACUCGAGUUGGACCCGAAGCCGGAAGUUCCGGUUAGGGGUCCGAGCGGUUCGAGGAGGAGUCAUGGAAGGUCGAAGCGAACCAUUUGUGUGCAAAGAUCAACGCGGCGAAUCUUACAAGAAACACUACUAUCCAUCUCCCAAUGAUGAAGUGUGGAGGUUGGAGAAGAUCGCGAAAGAUGGAGUUUUCGCGUCGCGGUUGGCAGAACAAAGGAUUCUCACCGUCAAGGACUUGCGUCGCAAACUCGCGAUGAACCCGAAUUCCUUACGAGACAUACUGGGUGCAGGGACAUCGAACAAGAUAUGGGAGGCCAUUGUAACGCAUGCUAUGCGUUGCGUUUUGGACGAGACCGAGUUCUACACCUACACAUCGCUCGCUCGGGCCGACGUUCUUCUCCUUAACUCUGUUUUCGAAGUCUUGAAAGUUUCAUUCCAAGGGGAAGCUUUUCAGAAUGUUGAUCAUCUUAAUUAUGGCGAAAAGGUAUUUUUGGAAGAAGUGAAACGCGAAGCCUACGAAAACACUAGCAGUUUCGAACGGGUUAGCGAAUGGGCAUUCUUCAAUCCUCCACCGAGGUCCUUACCAGUUAGCCUUGCAGCUCCUGGAUCACAUCACAUGGACUUCCAAGGAAAUCUAAUGCAUUUUGAUGUCUCGGGUCAACCAGAGAGGAUGUUGAGUUUUGAGAAGUACUCAGGUUCAUCUGCUCCUCCAACGUUUCAAAUCAACGACCAGUUCUCGCAUGUCAUCUCCUCGGCUCUCAGGAACAGCUUCAGAGCCCGAGAGCCGAACAAUCUGCAAAUCGCGGUAACGGGUCAGGUCGAAAACGGGGAAAACGCUGAACAGUCUCACGUCAUGACAAUGAUGACAUGGUCACCUGGUUCGUCGUCGUGGGAGCAACAACAGUACGACAACUUGUACGCCUCUCGUACGGACGAGCUCGGUGUAUGUUCGGGUUUCGAUAUAUGUGUCGCCAGAAUCAUCGGAUCUCCGAGAGCUCGAUGGUGUAAAAUCAGAGCCGCGCUCAAGUUCCGUGAAGUUUACACAGCCGCCAGGAACGGACGAAGGGGCUAUAAGCCCUACUAGAUUCGGUGGUUUCUUGCAUCGCAAGAAAUCUUUUUAUAUGUGUGUAACUUAUACUUUUUCUUCUUCUUAAUAGUAGAAUAAGUGAUAGGAGGAAACACAGUCAAGAAGAAAAAAAAAAGAAUAGGGAAUAGGGAAUUGAAUCCCGGCCAUUGAAUCCAUGAAUGGUGGUGACAGGGUGAUCAAGUUAGGCACUUGCGUGUUCUUGUCUGUAUUAUAAUUGUUUGCAAGAAUCAACAUGUGUAACUAUAUAUAUAUAGAUAGAUGUGUUUGAUAUU